UCUUAUUUACAACAAUAUAGAAAAUGAUAACGGUGGUGAACAUUCAGGCUUUGUUGGUUGUAUUUUCUUCAAACAUGGUUUUGAAUAAUUGCGUAAAAACGAAUACCAUCGCUGCAUAUAGAAUCUUCCAACAUGUUGUAUUUACUGUCCUUUAUGACUCGUAUGUGAUUGAUUACGUAAACAAAGUAUUCGUAGCCCGACAGUAGAAACCAGUAAAAAAGAAAGCUACAAGUUUGAAUACUUAACUGACAGUAACAAAAGUUGAAAAUCAUUAAAUUGGUCAACAGCAAUUUUUAAUCCGAGAGUGAUGUCUCCCAAAUUUAUUUUUCAUGCUGAUUUUUUUUUUUUUUAACGGCUUUACCUUUUGGCUGACUCAUCAGGCUUUUGAGAUAUUUCAUAUUGUUUUUGAGUUUGGCCGUAAAACUACGUUUUCUAAACCCCCUCUCCUUUAGGAAAUAUGCGUGAGUGUAUCUCAGUGCACGUUGGACAGGCCGGCGUUCAGAUAGGCAAUGCCUGCUGGGAGCUUUACUGCCUGGAACAUGGAAUCCAGCCCGAUGGACAGAUGCCCAGUGACAAGACAAUCGGAGGUGGGGACGAUUCCUUCAACACUUUCUUCAGUGAGACCGGAGCGGGAAAGCACGUUCCCAGAGCUGUCUUCGUGGACCUGGAGCCCACAGUCAUUGACGAGGUGCGCACAGGAACCUAUCGACAGCUCUUCCACCCUGAACAGUUAAUUACCGGCAAGGAGGAUGCGGCCAACAACUACGCCCGUGGCCACUACACCAUCGGCAAAGAGAUCAUUGACCUGGUGCUCGACAGAAUACGUAAACUGGCUGACCAGUGCACUGGCCUUCAGGGAUUCCUGGUGUUCCACAGCUUCGGGGGCGGCACCGGCUCCGGGUUCACCUCCCUGUUAAUGGAGCGCCUGUCUGUGGACUACGGCAAGAAAUCCAAGCUGGAGUUCUCCAUUUAUCCGGCACCACAGGUGUCCACGGCUGUCGUGGAACCCUACAACUCCAUCCUGACCACGCACACCACGCUGGAGCACUCCGACUGUGCCUUCAUGGUGGAUAAUGAGGCCAUUUACGACAUCUGCCGCAGAAACCUCGACAUGGAGCGUCCUACAUACACCAAUCUGAACAGACUGAUCAGUCAGAUCACUUCCUCUAUCACGGCUUCCCUUCGUUUUGACGGCGCCCUCAAUGUCGACCUGGCAGAGUUUCAAACCAACUUGGUACCGUACCCUCGUAUCCACUUCCCUCUGGCUACCUAUGCCCCCAUCAUCUCCGCUGAGAAGGCUUACCAUGAGCAAUUAACUGUUGCUGAUAUCACUAAUGCCUGCUUUGAGCCAGCCAACCAGAUGGUGAAGUGUGAUCCUCGUCAUGGCAAGUACAUGGCGUGUUGCCUUUUGUACCGCGGCGAUGUGGUGCCCAAAGAUGUAAAUGCUGCCAUUGCUACGAUCAAAACCAAGCGCACCAUCCAGUUUGUGGACUGGUGCCCCACUGGGUUUAAGGUGGGAAUUAACUACCAGCCACCCACUGUGGUUCCUGGUGGAGACCUGGCCAAAGUUCAGAGGGCAGUGUGCAUGCUGAGCAACACGACGGCCGUCGCAGAGGCCUGGGCUCGGCUGGACCACAAGUUUGAUCUGAUGUAUGCCAAGCGCGCUUUUGUUCACUGGUAUGUGGGGGAGGGAAUGGAGGAGGGAGAGUUCUCUGAGGCCAGGGAGGAUAUGGCGGCUCUGGAGAAGGACUACGAGGAGGUUGGGGCAGACUCGGUUGAUGAUCAGGGAGAGGAAGGAGAGGAAUAUUAAUAAGAGGUACAAAGGAACUAAAAUACAGGAAACAAUGCUUGAUUCCUCUGUGAUCCUGCAUGUAUUUGUUGACUACCAGAAGAUGAGUUGAGUUGGGUCACUCGAAAAGUUAACUACCCCACACUCCCUUUCUUUUUUUCAAAUCAGUUACGCAUUUUGGACACAAUUGCCAAUUAAAGAUUAUUACCAACCUUG